AUGCCCUCUACAGAGGUUGCGCAGCAAUUCGACUCGAUUGAGGACUCAAUCGCCGCCUUCAAGAAUGGCGAAUUCAUCAUUGUGCUUGACUCGCAAGACCGAGAGAACGAAGGCGAUCUCAUAAUUGCAGCAGAGGCCAUUACGGCCGCUCAGAUGGCCUUCCUAGUGCGCUACACCAGCGGCUUAAUAUGCGCCCCCAUCACUCCGGAACUCGCGCUCCGCCUCGCCCUCCCCCAAAUGGUUACCGAGAACGCCGAUCCCAAAGGAACCGCGUACACCGUCACAAUCGACUCCAGCGAUGCGUCCGUGACAACCGGAAUCUCCGCUGAAGACCGCGCCCUGACAUGUCGCACACUUGCAUCCCCAGACGCAAAGGUCGACUCCUUCCGACGACCGGGACACAUCAUUCCGCUGCAGGCGCGUCCUGGCGGCGUGCGCGAGCGCUCAGGACACACCGAGGCGGCUGUUGAGUUCUGUAGGCUUGCUGGCAAGGCACCGGCUGGUGUUAUUGCCGAGCUGGUGGAGUGGGGUGAGGUGACCGAGGGCGUUGCUGAGAUUCGGGGUGAGAAUGGUAUGAUGCGUAGGGAUGGAUGUUUGAAGUUUGGCAAGAAGUGGGGGAUCAAGGUGUGUACGAUUGAGGAUUUGGUUAAGUAUGUGGAGAAGACUGAGGGUGUCAAUGGCCGGCAAUGA